ACAAGACGAUUCCAAGAUGCUCCACUGUGGCUGCAACCAAACAUGUGAAGUCACGUUCUCUUUUCAUCUCCUCUGCCCCAUGUUCCCUGUUUGUGGUAUGCACUGGGCUUAAGCAAAUGGGCAAUAAUUGUGGCUGCCUAUCCAGUGAUUUUGAGGAGAUGAAGGACAAACGGGAUAUUCAGAGUGUUGGCAUUUGAGCCCUAGCUCUGCCCACAUUCUUCCUCCAAACCAAUCGCCUGGUUUUGCUGCUUCAGCUUGCUGCUUCUCAUUGAUGGGUUUUCCCAACCAACAGCCCCAAAUGUCCAUUCUGCAGAAGGAGGAGUCAUGAAGCCUGCAGCCCAGGACCUCCCUUCUCCUCAGGGAAAGGAGAUGGCCGCCGAAGGUCCAGGCAGCGGUUCCCCCUCUAGACCUCAAGGAGAAGCAACCCUGACAGAUAGCAGUGAAGCCCAGCCUCAGUCUCAUCCUGAGCCUCAGGGUGUGGAAGAGGCCCUUGUAGGCCUGACCAUAGACAGCACCACACCACCAAGCACCACGCCACCACAGCAGCCUUCUGCACAGGCUCCCUCAGUUCAGGCCCUUGUUAAAGACAGCACGCAACAUCAGACCCUUGCCACCAAAACUCUUACUGAGGAAAACCUUCCCACAAACACUUCACCACAGAAAAAGGCAUCUGUAGAUGUGUCUUUGUCUCUGGUUGAGCACACUGUGCCUCUGCUGAAGGCAGAAGAUCCAACUGUGCCAGAACAGAACUACAAUAGUAAUAACAGCCAAGAUGAAGUAUCUCUUAAUGUGUCACCAAAGAACACAAAGAGCAUUGACGCUCAUAUUGACUCAAAUCAAAAUGGAGAGGGUGAGGUUAUUGGUGAAACGAUGUCAAAAAGCCAAGAGCGAAGACAUUCGGGCAACAAUCAAGCAGACAUGAACAGCAGUGAGUCAUCUGUCAGCCAUAAUGAGAGACAACAGGCUUUUGAUGUGCCUGAUGGACCAGGUACAGAGGAUGCCUCCACCCUCUUCCGUCCUCCUAAUUCUCGGGUUAAAAAACAAAAGUAUCUCAGAGGACGGAAAAAAAAUGGUAAUGAAGCUGAGGGUAAGACCGAAGGACACAGUAAGCAUAAAAAGGGCUGUGUGUUGCAGUAAGGAAGAUCCAGGAAAAGGAAAACGGGAGGGAAGAGAUGAAACUCCAGAGACUUUAGAAUGCUAUGGGCCUGUUGGAGAUCUCCCUCACUUCCUUUAACUGGGUUCCUGCACAGCAGGGCGAGCACAAAUGCUGCACCAAGCAGCAGUGACCAAGAGCAAGAUGGGGCUUUUGUAUGAGCUGGUGGACCAAGUAAAGUUUUAAAUAAACAUUUGUUUUCUGUUCUUUAUCUUCUAUUACUUUCAACAGCUCAUUUGUGUACUAUUAUAUUAUGAUGUAGAAAAUAUCUGUUUACAUACCUUAAGUAUAUUUAUUGAAGAAGAGGGGGGGAAAAAAAGAAUCUUCUUGUGUAUUUUAGUUCUCUAGUAACACUUUCAGAGGUCAACCGCAUAAGUUUUCAGUAUGAUGAACAAUACAGAAAUGUUGAUAUUUGUAGCGUUAGAACUUGCAAAUUGAUUAUGGAGUGUUUUUUAAUCUAUUGUGUUUCAAGUUCUUAUAGCCUAUAGUUCAGUUGUGGCAUCUGUGCACUUAUAAUUUGGAAGAAAUGGUUUAUGUAGAGUUUUCUAAGAGCCUACCCUCAACCUGAUCAAGCAUAAUAUGCCUCUUACGAAGGAAAUCUUAAUGUCAUUUCUAUCAUGAAGACCACUAACUUUAAUUCUGUUUAAUAUUCUUCUACAAAAAUGUCUGAAAACCUGGUCGAAUUGUUUUUCCAUAUUAACGUAAAUUUUUUUAUUAUAGUGUAUGAUGUCACCUAAGAAAAAUAUUUUUGUUUGGGUAUCAAAUUCAGUGUUAUUGAAAUAAAGACAACAGUUGCGCGAGAUUAAUGUGCGGUGGUUAUUGUAAUUUACAUAAACUGUUCUGUUUAAACUGUUCCACGUUCUGUUUGUUGAAUUUUCAAUAUUAAUAAAAAGUUAUUUCAAAGAAA